AACGCCCAUCGGCGCAUGCACACAUGAAACAGGAACGUCUUGUUCAGCAUUUAACAAACAGUGCGUACAGAGUCUCGAAGUCAUCUCAUUUUCAUGAGUAUGUAAGCAAGGCCUUCCGCUCUGAACACUUGUGCCGGUCAUGGCAACCUCCAUCCUCGAGAUCCAACGGAAUAUCGUAUUAGGCACGAUUCGGGCUACCAGUGGGCGAGAUUGGAAAGUCUUGAUCUUGGACGAGCAAAGCAAACGGGUUGUGUACAACGUUUGUAAAGAGGAUGACAUCCUGAAUGCCAACAUAACCAACAUCGAACUCCUCGAAGAUCGCAGGCAGACCCUCUCCGACACCGACGCGAUUUACCUCCUUUCCCCUCUACCGCAUAUAGUCGAAAGCCUCAAGGCUGAUCUCAGUCGAAAGAGAUACCGACGUUCUCACCUUAUCUGGACCUCCCAGCUACCGAGGAACCUUGGGGAAGAGCUGUUUCGCUCAGAGUCUCGAGCACAGUCGAUUGUCGAAUCUCGGACACUGAACAUCGAGUAUUUUCCGCGAGAAUGCAACCUGGUCACAUUUCGACAACCAUGGAGUUUUCAUUUACUCUUUCACCCAGCUUGCGACUCGUUGGUUAAGGACCACCUGGACAGCAUAACCCAGAAAAUCGUGUCAAUAUGCGUAUCGCUCGGCGAGUACCCUUUGAUUCGAUUCUACAAGCCUAAAGAGCAUCAGAGACAUGCUGCUGAUGUUCUGUGCUAUCAUCUUGCCAGCUUCGUACAGAGUGCGUUGGACGACUAUGCUCGCGAUCCGCGGAAUGACUUCCCCCCCCAGAACCCUGGUAACCGGCCACGAGCGGUUCUACUGAUCACAGACCGGUCCAUGGAUCUGAUGUCGCCAUUCGUCCACGAAUUAACAUAUCAAGCCAUGGCAAUGGAUCUCUUGCCGAUACGAGACGACGAGGACAAAAUAACAUACAGAAACGUCAUCAGGAGAGGUCAACCGGACCAAGAAGAAAAAGAUGUUGAGAUUUCCGAGAAAGAUAACCUUUGGGUCGCUCACCGACAUAUGCACAUGAAAGAUCUUCUCGUGCAGUUGAGCGAAGAGUUCAGGAAGUUCCAAGCCAAAAAUCCACAAUUUGCCGACAACGAUGGACAACCUGCGAGUAUCAACACCAUCAAGGACAUGUUGGCGGGACUUCCAGAAUUCCAGGAAGGCAAAGAAGCGUUUUCACUUCAUAUCGACAUGGCCGAAAAGUGCGCAAAAAUCUUUGCGGACCGUAAGCUCCUGGAUGUGGUCUCUGUCGAACAAUCGCUUGCCACAGGACUUGACGAGGAGAACAAGAAACCAAAGAAUCUGGCAGAUCAGGUUGUCAGACUGCUUGAUGAUGACAGUGUUGUCCAUGAAGAUCGGGUCCGACUUUUGAUUUUAUACAUUUUGUACAAGAAUGGCAUUCUGAGGGGAGACAUCGAAAAGCUGCGGUGUCAUGGCGAGCUCUCGCCGAUGGAUGGGGAAAUCAUCUAUAACCUGAUAACUCUGGGUGCUAGGAUUGAGAAGCAGUUGAAAGAUGCGACACCCACUCCACCGCCAUUAUUCCCACCGAAGGUCAGAGAUGUCACUAACAUGGAGGAAGUGAGUUUGUCACGCUUUGAGCCGGCUCUGAGGUUCAUGCUCGAGGAGCAAUGCCAGGGUACAUUGGAUGUUACGGUGUUCCCUCCCGUGAAGCCACAUCUCAAUGAUCCAAAUAGCCAGAUGAGCGUCUCCCAGACUUCGCUGAGAAAUACAGGCAAGCCCACGUGGGCUCAGACUCGAUCUCAAUCUAACAAGCCGCGCCAACGCAUUAUUGUGUUCGUGGCCGGCGGCGCGACCUACGCCGAAGCACGAGCCUGCUAUGAAGUCUCACAGAUGGCUGGGAAAGAAGUUUUCCUUGCGACAACCCAUAUGAUAACACCUAAAACCUUCCUGCGGCAAGUGAGCCAACUCAGUGCUGGGCGAAGGCAGCUGGAUCUGCCAAUGGAUCGAGCCGCCCCGCGGCUACCAGCAUGGAUGUCGGAGCCUCCUCCACAGGCUCAGCAGCAACCAAGACCUCAACAGCCUGCAAAUGGCAGACAGCCUGACAGGGUUCGACCACCGACCGAAGCGAUGGCAAACAUGAAUCUCGGUGGCAGGGGGCCACAGAAUGGCGUGCGCCCCGGAGUGGGAACAGCGCCAACCUCGUCAAAACCACCACAACCAUACCAAUCGCCGUCCGCUGAUAGUGGCCACCACAAAUUGAAGAAAGAUAAGGAGAAGAAACACCUAGGGCUGUUCAAGAAGCAUUAGAAGCGCAUGCUUGUAUGAUGGUGACUUAGCGUGGCGUCGGUGGGUGGAGGAGGGGACUGGCGGAGGGUGUGUAUAGUCAUGUAAUCCCGUCUUGGUCACUGCAUGGGAGAUGGCCAGGUUCUGCCCAUAUACAAUUCGAGCCAGCUUCAUCGAGUCGGAGAUGUUGGAUCAUCAACUGUUGGGACCCAAGUAUUUCUCCAGAUCCGGACCG